UCAGGAGCGCAGGCACGCGGCUCUCGGCAGCCUCACAGCACGAGGCCAGCUGAGGAGCGCGCGGGCGGAGUGAUGCGCCUCUCGCGGGGCGCUCCGUGAUCCUGAGCAGCAGCAGCAGCAGCAGCAGCGCGCGGGGCUCCACACCUGGACCGGAAUAAUAUAAUAAUUUAAUAAUGUCUCUGCUGAAACAGCGGGGGAGAGAGCUCGAACGCUUCGACGGACUGUCGCUCAUUUACUGGACACUAAUGGGUCCAUAUGGAGUAGACCGAGCUGUUCAUUCCAUGGAGUUUACAGACUGUGAGAACGGUUUGGGAAUAAAAGUGAUCGGAGGAGUGAAGGAAAUGACCGGAGAGGAGUUUGGAGUCUACGUCAAGCGGAUUUUACCAGGUGGCCUUGCUUCAAGCGAUGGAAACCUGCUGCCCGGGGACCAGAUCUUGGAGGUGAACGGGGACAGUCUAGUGGGAGUCACGAGUGAAAGAGCUGUGGACAUCUUGAGAGCAGCCUCUGCAACCAAUCACAUGCGCCUUCUCAUAGCCAGGGAUGAGGAAGCAAAGAGAGAAUUUGCCGAGCUGCUGGAGAAGUACGGGUCCAACGGUAGCACAGGAUCAACACGCAACUCUCCCAUUCAGCAAGGAGGCCGCUACCUGGAUAGCACGUCAUCUGGUUCCUCGUCCCGCUCCCAGAGUCCUUUGUUGCUGAGCCCGGCCGGCUCUCAGAACAUGUACAACAACAGUGGGCCCAUGCUGCGCUCCCUCAGUCACCCAGGUGAAGGAGUGAUUCAGCUCAUUUCCGUCGCACGAUCAGGCAGCUUAGGCAUCACCAUCGGAGGAGGCUCCAACAAACCUGACGGCCCCGCCGUCUUCAUCCAGGAGGUUCUGUCUGGAGGAGACUGUCAUCGGGAUGGACGUCUGAGACCUGGUGAUCAGCUCAUUGCCAUUAAUAAGGAGUCCUUGAUAGGGGUGACACACGAGGAGGCCAAAAGCAUGCUGAACAAAGUCAAAUUCAACCAAGAGAGUGCAGUGGAGAUAGCCUUCAUACCAGGUAAAGGACUAUUUCCAAGCAGCACGUCUCUCCACAACGGGGUCCAACGAGCCGCAGGCAACAGCUACAACUCUGGACGCUUAAAAGUUCACAUCAGAUCUCCCGAGAUCUGUGCAGAGGAGCCAGCACCAGUGUCCUCACCCUCUCCUGACAUCUGCCCUCCAGAUAUUCAUAUUUCAGGUUCAACCAGCCAGAGGUCGCCGACGGGGGCGAAACCUAAGAUAACGCUGGACCCGUACAUACGCCUCAAAUCAGACAAGUUAGACCUGGCUCUGUCGUUCCUCGGGCUGGAUGUCACAGACGAGAAGAGGAAGAAGUUGAAACAGAGUCUGACCCCGGAUCCGCAGGGCACCGUGGCCUACGGAGACUUCGUGGAGGCCACCCGGACCAUCUUCCAGGAGAACCUGGAGGAGCUGGGUCUGGGGACGGACCCCUUCACGUUCUCCUACCACGAAGCAGCCAGCCUGAUGGACACGUCGGCCUUCCAUUCACCAACGUACGAGUCCGAGAGCAGCUACAGCAGCGAGGACAUGGAGCAGUUCCAGACGGAGGUGAAGCAGCUGCAGACUCAGAUGAAGCAGCUCAAGGUGAUGCUGAAGGACAUGGAGCACAGCAAGAAAACGCUGGAGGAGGAGCUGCAGAAGACGUCAGAGAAAGCCUGUCUGACCGUGGAGGAGAACACCCGCCUGAAGAGCCGCCUGCAGGCGGCCGAGGCCGAGGUGGUGCAGCGGCGGAACAGCACCGCCGAGCAGGACUACGAGGAGGUCAUCCAGCUGCUGGAGGCCGAGAUCAGGGACCUGAAGAACCAGCUGGCCAGCAAGAGGCAAGCACGGGGGGCCGAGGCCAAGCAGGAGGAGGUGGUGGAGCUGAGCAGGAGGCUGACGAACAUCGACUGCCAGCUGAGGAAGUCGGAGCUGAGCAGGAAACACCUGGAGAUCUCCAACAAGAAGCUGCUGGGCUUCGCUCAGAGCGUCCACAAAGUGUUGACGACGCCCAGUCUGUUUGGAGGAGAAGGCGGGAGCAACAUGUCGCCUCCGAUCACAGACAGCCCCGACACCCCAUCACCACUUCCUGAUCCUGCCUUCCAGCUGGCUGUGGAGGCCAAAGAGCUGGUGGAGGGCGUGUGCACCGUCGCUGCUGACGACAAAGCAUCUACGAGUGCGUCCGAGGGGGCGUCAGUCCCAGCUCUGAGUCCGCAUGAAGUGUGAGGAGCCAGAGAAGACGGAGGGAGGGAGGGAGAACCGCCGCGGGCCGGGCUGAAGAGGCCAAAACCAGCGGCUGAACCCCCACCGACGGCAAGACACUCCAGCACGACUUCAGAACCCAACAACGCGGCUUCAACAAAUCCACAUCACCACAGCUCCCGGGCGACUGAUUGAUCACGUUUUAAUGCCAAAGCCCCCCCAAAGAAAAAAACAGUGUCCCACCGUCUCUUCUCUGCAGGGUUCAGCGGCGGGAGGCGUCGACUCAGCCGCGACCCGAGGACUCUUUGGAUGAUAAGUCACAGAAGUCUCUAUGAGAAAUGCUCUGCCAAAUAAAUAAAAGUCUGCUCCUCUUUUUUUUUUUUCCCUCCUGUGUUAACUCUUAACAGCAGGUGUUGUUGGGGGAGCUGCAUGACUGAGUCCACAACACACACAGCUGCUGUAAACCUUGUUAAAUCUCCUCCCUGACCUCUUUUGUACCCCCGCUCUCAGAGUCACUCCACGGACUGCAUGUAACGGAGGACGCGUUUGCUUGGAAAGGCGUUUAAAGAGUCUCCUCUCUCUCAAACGUUGAGCAGAAGAGUAGAAGAAAGAGGAAAAAAGCAAAACAUCAGCAGUGUCCCUUUCCCAUCAUUGCUAACUCUCCCCCGUGUCUUUACCCAUUCAUAAAAAGGCACGAAGCGAAAGGUUUUAAAGGUGUCGGACACGAGCGGCGCUAAAGCUUCAUCUGCAGCUUCAUCUGCAGCUUCCCAUCACUGCAUGGUUCAUGUUUGCGACUCCCGUGUCCGGGAGGGAGGGGUGUGGGGGCGGCUCCGGCUACAUGAGCUCGUAUUUUGGUAGUCGCAGAGCAGUAGGCAGUAGGCUACAUGUGGAGCAUUGAUUUUAUUUGUACAGACGGCAGCAAGUUAAAAAAAAAAAAAAAAGCCUAAAAAAAAAAAAAGAGAGAAAAUUUAAAACAUGUCCUGUAAUUCAGCCAGAUUGCAUCUUUGGUGUGGCCUCGAAUUCUUUCUGUUACUGUUUUAUAUUAAAGGAAUAACUUAUAACUGGA